AUGUCAAGAUGAAGAAAUAAAGUCUGAAAACAAGUCGGAAUAGACACUAUCGGCCAAAAUUUUAAUGAAUCCUGAUCCCAAUGAGAGAUUGAGGAGUACGUCAAAGAGCUCAACUCAGAUCCUUCUGUUAGUGGGAUCCUUGUCCAGCUGCCUCUUCCUGAAAAAUAUAACAGUACACAGAUUUGAGACCUUGUAUCGCAUGAAAAAGAUGUGGAUGGAAUUCAUCCCCUUAACAUGGGUGCUAUGGCUAGACACGAGGAGCCCUUCUUCACGCCUUGAACACCCAAAGGUAUAAUAUGAUUGAUCAAAUCAGUUUGCCCAGUAAUCAAAGGGAAGAAAGCAACUGUUAUUGGAAGAUCCAAUAUUGUAGGAAUGCCAAUAUCCUUGCUUUUACAAAAAGAGUUAGCAACAGUCACACUUUGUCAUACAUAUACACAAAACUUGAGAGAUGAGAUUUCAACAGCUGAUAUCUUGGUCUCAGCAACUGGAUGCCCCUAUCUUGUUGAAGGAGAUUUCAUAAAAAGAGGUGCUAUCGUGAUCGAUGUCGGAACGCAGUUUAUAGAAGACCAAUCUAGAAAAAGUGGAAAACGCUUAGUUGGAGAUAUAAACUUCCAAAGUGUUAAAACACAAGCUGGAUAUGUCACUCCUGUCCCUGGAGGUGUGGGCCCAAUGACAAUCUCAAUGCUAAUGGACAACCUCGUAUUAGCUUGGAAGAGGAGUAAUUUCAAGCAUGCAAAGGAGGAAAUUGAAGCUUUGGAAGCUUCUAAAAGAGAAUUUAUGUUUUCGGGAUCAAUCUCUAUGGAUCAUAAUAAUUUUCUAGAAUAG